AUGAAGUUGGCCGAAAUAGAGUCAGAACUCCAAAAGCAAAGAGAAGCAAGGACAAUGUACAAGACCAAACUGGAAACAAUGCAAGAUUACCUGAAGAAGUGUCUUCAAGUAGCACAAAGACAUGGAUUCUUGGACAUCAUAACUGGCAAUAACAACAACAAAGACACAACACAGCAACCGGAAAUAAUUCAAUCGCUUCUUCCGCCACCAAAUUCUGCUUACCCAUUUAGCACUACUCACUCCAUUCCUGAGGAAUGUUCCACUAUUGAAUCAUACCCUUAUUCAAGUCUUGAAGCCCUUAUUCAUCAAGCGAAGAUCUUUGGAUGGUACAUUGAUCCCCAUGAGAUUGAAUUGCAAGAAAUUGCAGCUAAAGGAACAACAGCAGAUGUUUACAGAGGAAGGUGGAGAGGAUUUGAUGUAGCUGUGAAAUGCAUAUUCAGACACUUAUUUGAAUCAAAUGAACACAUGAUUGGUUUCUUUACCCAAGAAGUUGAACUCCUCUCUAGACAACGUCAUCCUUUUGUGUUGCAACUCAUGGGGGCUUGCUUAGAACCUCCAAAUCAUGGAUGGAUUGUGACUGAAUUCUUAAGCACAACACUCAAAACUUGGCUUCACGGGCCAGAGAAUAGGCGAAAAGAGAGGUUACAUCCUCUUCCUCCAAUCCAACAGAGGUUAGAAAAGGCGUUAGAGAUCGCUCAAGCGAUGCAGUACCUCCAUGAACAGAGACCGGCUAAGGUCAUUCAUCGUGAUUUGAAGCCUAGUAACAUUUUCUUGGACCGCGACAUGCAUAUAAGGGUUGCAGAUUUUGGCCACGCUCGAUUUUUGUUUGAUGAUGAAAAAGCACUAACAGGAGAAACAGGUACUUUCGUGUAUAUGGCACCAGAGGUAAUUCGAUGUGGACCUUAUGACGAGAAGAGUGACGUAUAUAGUUUUGGUGUCAUACUCAAUGAGUUAAUAACUGGUGAACAUCCUUACAUUGAAACUGAUUACGGUCCAUCCAAGAUAGCCAUUGAAGUGGCUACAAAUGGGCUAAGACCAGCAAUUUUAAGACAUGAAGAGCAGGACAACCUGAAAGAUGUGAUAGAACUUGUACAACAUUCAUGGGAUGAAGAUGCUGAAAUGAGACCAUCUUUUGCUACAAUUACUUGCAUCCUUAGAGAUGUUUUAGAUAGAUUAAGGAACACUCCAUAG